GAAGGUUGGUAAGGUGUGCUGGUGUAAAUUCUAUCGCCUUUUUCUUCCUCCAUCUUCUUCUUCUGAAUGGGCUUUUUGCAAUUUCUGGCAUGUGAUGGUGCUGCUGCUCACCAUUAUCGCAAGCUGUGAACUGACCUCACACCUCACACCUUACGCCCUCACUUCGAGCCAGUCCAACCACCGUCUGGAACAACUCAAAACCUCCGCCUGGAAGACAACAACAUCAAGCCACUCCCAUUCGCCUUCUCCCCUGGACCAUGAAGCACAAGGGAUAGCUCUUUGCAGCACUCCCUCUCACAACGCUUCCGCCCCUCAACCGCGGCUCAUUUAAUUGCUCGACCAGUCCGUGCCUCCCACGCAGGAUCAUGUAUGAGCGACAAGAGAGUUUUUGGUAUUCUAUGCCACUCCACUCCAGCGUUCGCUCCAUGCACGGCUUGGUUCGCAUGUUU